GGACACCCCUUGGCAAUAAGUCGCAGUAUGUUUGAGAGCAACAGCAAUCAGUACACCAGAAGAAGACAGAAGAUUUGUCCAGAUUCAGCAUGAAGAUUUGUGGAUCUCUACUGGUGCUGCUGUGCUGCUGUUUGGCUGAGACGCAGCUUGGAGGAGAGACCGUCAGUGGCGAUGACAUCACUUGCCAGGGCCACCAUGGUGAAGCAGAGACCAGACAAAAGGAGGUUAUGGGUGCAGCACAGAGAACUGAAGCUGCAGCCACAGCCUGCACUGAACAGACCUGCCAGCCUGACAUCCACACUGUGCUGAGAGAGAUGAGCACUCUGGUGGCGGAGCAGAGAGUGGAGCUCAGGCACACUAAGACACAAAUGGAGGCCAUGGAGACCAGACUGACUGACAGACUGAAAGCCAGUGAGAAGACAGUAGUGGAGCACACAGUUGUUAUUCAGGAGCUAAAGAAGAAACAGGUGGAGCAAGCAGCAGCUGUGGCAGCUGUAGGAGGCAGUGUGGACCUGACAGGGAGCCAGGUGAAGGAGCUGUGGAGGGAGAGGGAGGAUAGGAGGGUGUCUUUCUCUGCCUCAUUGGUAGCAUCUGGUGUUGAGACUUUUGGUCCCAUUAGUAGGCCAACCACACUGAUCUACAGACAUGUCUUCACUAACACCGGAAAUGCCUACAACCCCAAUACAGGUGUGUUUACUGCUCCAGUCAGAGGGGUCUACCACUUUGUUGUGUUUGUGCAUGGAUUUGGUCAUGCAUCUACACCUACAGGACUCUCACUCCAUAAAAAUGAAGAGCAUGUUGUCGUUGCUUACAGCCAUCAAUCAAAUUACAGAGUGGACACUUCUAAUGGAGCUUCUCUGUUGUUGGAGGUGGGAGAUGUGGUCUAUGUGAAGCUCUGGGCCGAUGCAUGGGUGGUGGACAGCUAUAACCACCAUACCACCUUUUCUGGCCACCUGCUCUUCCCCAUGUGAGGGAAGCAGUAGAUGGAUGGAGAAGUUAUGUGAUGCUAUGAGAGACACAGAUAGAAUGGUACACACUCCUGUCCUUGUUCCCUAGAUUAACACAGAGUGGAUCCUGACAAGACCUUUAAUGAUACUCAAUAAUAAUGCAUUUUAUUUUAUGACCCAAGGUCUCUUCACAAAUACAAACCAAUAAAACAUUAAAAUAUCAGAAUAUCACAUUUACAGGAAUGCCAUCAUAAGUAAGAAAGCCACUGAAUAUGCUUGCUGAAAGAGAUUGUUAGAUUACCUUUAAAAAUAUAUAUAUACCAAAAAUGAUCAAUAAUAAAGUCAUUAAGAGUGAA